CUCCUGCUCCUCCUGCUCGGCGGCCAUGUUGCUGUAGGCGGGGGCUCCUCCUCCUGCGCCUCUCGCGGAGGCGGAACGGGAGGACCAGGCCGAAGACCAUGAUGUCCGUCCAGGAAGGGGCCCGGGCGGUACUGCUGGGGGCGCUGCCCGGGGCCGGAGAGCGCGCCGUCAAGGCUGUUCCUUUUCCACCAACACAUCGUCUAACAUCAGAAGAAGUGUUUGAUACAGCUGGAAAACCUCGGGUAGAUAUUUUGAAGAACCACCUAAUAAAAGAAGGCCGGGUAGAUGAAGAGAUUGCACUUAAAAUCAUCAAUGAAGGUGCUGCGAUUUUAAGAAGAGAGAAGACUAUGAUAGAAGUUGAAGCUCCUAUUACAGUGUGUGGUGACAUUCAUGGCCAAUUCUUUGACCUAAUGAAGCUAUUUGAAGUGGGAGGAUCACCUGCUAACACAAGAUACCUGUUCCUUGGUGACUAUGUAGACAGAGGAUAUUUUAGCAUAGAGUGUGUACUAUAUUUAUGGGUCCUGAAGAUUUUAUACCCAAGCACAUUGUUUCUUUUGAGAGGCAACCAUGAAUGCAGGCACCUCACAGAAUAUUUUACUUUUAAGCAAGAAUGUAAGAUAAAAUAUUCUGAAAGAGUAUAUGAUGCUUGUAUGGAAGCUUUUGAUUGCCUCCCCCUUGCUGCCCUUCUCAACCAACAGUUUCUUUGUGUCCAUGGUGGACUUUCUCCAGAAAUAAAUACAAUAGAUGACAUUAGGAGGCUAGAUCGAUUCAAAGAACCCCCUGCAUUUGGACCAAUGUGUGACUUACUAUGGUCAGAUCCUUCUGAAGACUUUGGAAAUGAAAAAUCUCAGGAGCAUUUCAGUCAUAAUACUGUCAGAGGAUGUUCCUAUUUUUAUAGCUAUCCUGCAGUUUGUGAAUUUUUGCAGAAUAAUAAUUUGUUGUCUAUUAUCAGAGCUCACGAAGCACAAGAUGCAGGUUAUAGAAUGUACAGAAAAAGUCAAACAACAGGCUUCCCAUCAUUAAUAACAAUUUUUUCCGCACCAAAUUACUUGGAUGUCUACAAUAACAAAGCUGCUGUAUUAAAAUAUGAAAAUAAUGUUAUGAAUAUUCGACAGUUCAACUGUUCACCACAUCCUUACUGGCUGCCAAAUUUUAUGGAUGUCUUCACGUGGUCAUUGCCUUUUGUUGGAGAGAAAGUGACCGAAAUGUUGGUGAACGUACUAAGCAUUUGCUCUGAUGAUGAAUUGAUGACAGAGGGUGAAGAUCAGUUUGACGUAGGUACAGCUGCAGCACGAAAAGAAAUCAUCAGAAACAAAAUCCGUGCAAUUGGCAAGAUGGCAAGAGUCUUCUCUGUUCUCAGGGAGGAGAGUGAAAGUGUGCUGACCCUUAAGGGUUUGACUCCCACGGGAAUGCUACCCAGCGGCGUGUUGGCCGGAGGACGCCAGACCUUGCAAAGUGCCACAGUAGAGGCUGAAAAAGCAAUACGAGGAUUCUCUCCACAACAUAAAAUCUGCAGCUUUGAAGAGGCAAAAGGUUUGGAUAGGAUCAAUGAGAGAAUGCCACCAAGGAAAGAUAUUCAUCUGCAGAGCAGCAUUAAUUCCAUGAAUGCAUCAAAUGCCAAUAGAAACAAUGGGACUGGUAACAACAACAGCCAGUGACCACCUCCUUUGCGUCACUGAAAUUCUGUUUUGCCUGAUAAUUCCUAAAGGGGCGUUUCUUUAUAGGAUAACAGCCAAAACAUCCCAAGGAGAUCUAGCCUUUUUUAUACAAAGCAAGACUAUUACUUGAUCAUACAGAACUUCAGCAAGAACGCUUUGGGGCAAUGAUCACUCUCCAAAAAGUGACGACUUUGAUAUGAACUGCAUGUUGUUAGAGCUGCCCUGCGAAGAGGGAUUUGGACAAAAGCUCGUGCUGUUAUCAUGAUAGACUGAUAUGUUAUUCUUUAAAAUAAUUGCCAAUGCUUUUUAUGUUUACAGGACAGGGUUGUCUUUUCAAAGAAAAGCUAGAUGCGUGGGGGGGGGGGGAGGUUGUUUUGUUUUAAAUCAGAUUUUCAGAUGUGCCCCUAUUUAUUUAACGGUCUUAAGAACUGUCUUGAAAACAUAGUUUUACAAUGUUUUAUAUUGGUCUUAAAACAAGAAUCUGAGACUGCAGACAAAUCAGUGUUUCAGAUAAAGGAAGAAAAAUGCCAAAAAUCUUAGUAACUGUAAAUUGCUGAUAUCAGGUAUACUGUUGCUAAUAGUGUAUAAAUUGUUAACAUUGUUUUUAAUUAAAAUUUAAUCACAAAUUUCUAUAUAGAGAUGUUUAUUACUUGAAACUAACUUUUGGAAAUAUUUUCAUUUAGAAACCUUUUGCCCAGCUUUUGAAGACUUUCCCCACACUUGAAUCUUAAAAUAUGUGUAACUAUAAAACAUAGAUAAUUUAAAGUCUGAACUUUGAACUAGAUGAACUUUGUACAUUACAUGUAAAGUAAAUUUGAUUCAUAUCAUUUCUGUAAAGCUUGGCUUUGUAUUUUGUGUGUGCACGUUUUCAUUUUGAAAAUAUUUAAUAUAUAUACUUAUGUAGAGGGGAAAAGAAUAUUUUGGGUUUUGCAGAUGUUAUGAGUAUUUUACUUCAUUCAAGUUGCUUAAAUGAUUAAUAAUAAGGGGCUGAGUGACUGCAGAUGUGCAGUUGUACUUCUGUAAAAGUAUUAUUUUGGCCAUGCAAUGCACAAGUAUUCUGUUGAACAUUAAGUUGAUAGUGGAAAAAGAAGAGCAAGAUGCAUGUUCUGUUUUUGAUAGUUCCUGAACUGUUUGGUUAAAGUAAAAUAAAAAACCAAGUGCUCCUUUAACAAAGGAUGAAGUGUAGUUACGUGCCACUUUACUUUCGUUCUCUUGAUAUUUUGCUACAUACAUUUUGAAUUGAAUAUGCCAGUGGAUUUCAUCUCCCAUUUUUUUGCCUCAAAAUACAGUCAGUACAUGACCUUGGUGUGAGUUAGCAAUUUGUGCAUGUUGGAAACCAUUCACAUAUUUUAUAAAAAAAAAAUAAUUGCACAAUAAAUUUUGUGUUUGGGCCAUGA